AACAUUGUGGAUCGUUUCUUAUGAUUCUUCGAUCACGUCCGUCAGCUUCGAACAAGAAAUUUAAAUCCUUUCCCAAAAUCGCCACAAAAGUUGUGUUCUCCAUUCUACUUAAAGGAUCAAACCCACCCACCAACAUGAGUGACGCCGUCCCGGAAACGGAUCUUCCCGCUGGAAACGCAAUCGGAGAGGACGAAGAAACACUUCUCACCCGGCAUCGCAAGGAAAAGAAGGAACUGCAAGCAAAAAUUCAGGCCCUCAAGAAGGCCAAGGUAGACAAGAAGAAGAAAAAGGAACAGCAGGACGAGAUCGCCCGGAUGGAGGCGGAUUUGGAGACAAGGCAUGCCGAAGAGUUGAAUAAGUUGAAUUCUUUGAAAAUAAGUGAAACCGUUGAGUCCGUGGCGGAGGAUUUGGGAGGUGUUCCCGGAGGGGAGAGUGAGGAAGCGAAACAGCCAAAGGUAUCGAAAGCCCAAAGAAGGCGGGAGAAAAAGUCCCAGGAAGACAAAGAACGGGAGGCACAGAUCAAGGCAGAAGAAGCACUGAAUAAGAACUCCCCUCGAAUCCUGGAGGACAAAAAGAUUGCAGAGCUGCUGAUGAAGCGAGGAUUGGUGAGCUUUCCGGUUCCGGCCGACGGAGAUUGUCUGUACAAUGCUGUGAAACAUCAGCUGGCUCGGAUAGGGGUCCAUGAGUACGAUACGGCGGACCUCCGGCAGAUGACAGCCGAUUACAUCGAGGACAACAAGGACAGCGUAAUUUUCUACAUGACCAAUCCGGACACGGGAGAUAUCCUUGACGAGGACGAGUUCCGCAAGUACUGCCAUCAGGUUCGAAACACCAAAGCUUGGGGUGGAGAGAUCGAGGUCAAAGCGUUGUCCAGUCGGUUGAAGUGUCCCAUCGAAAUCAUUCAGGCCACUGGAACUUCACCUGUGCACGGUGAGGGGGAGAAUCCGAGUCGGAAGCUGGUGCUGACCUACCAUCGGCACAUGUAUCGGCUGGGGGAACAUUACAAUUCGACACUGCCGGCUCCGGCCGAAGGCCAAGAGGAGGAUGAAGUAGGGGAAGAUGAUGGUUGAAGAAUGGGAGAAGUUGGAGCAAUGAAGAUUUUGUUUAGGAAUUUUGAAAUUGUCGGUAUAUGUAAAGUGUCGCAAUAAAGCAUACAAGAAUUUAAACGAGUAACAAUAAUGUGA